UAUCAGUACAAUUAUUACAUUUGGAGAACUGGACAACAAAGACUUAAGUGAACCUAAAUUUAAAAGAAGUUCAAAAUUAGUUUUGCAUUAAAUUAUUCAAUUAAACAUUGCACGUUUCUUUUUGAAAUAAAAUCAUGGACGAAUAUGUUACGUGCCCCUUCAACAAAGCGCAUAGAAUACUUAAGUUUCGUAUGCCUCGCCACAUUAUCAAGUGCCAACUUAAUUAUAGAGGUGAUCCUUUAGAACAAUGCCCAUACAACGCACAGCAUUUUAUAAAAGAGGGAACUUUAGCAGAACAUCUUAAUUCUUGUGAAGAUUACGAAAUAGCCUCCAUGGAAGAUUUUAGAAUUGAUUACAAAUACAAAUGUUAACAUGAAGUGAACCAGCUUUUCGAAAAUGCAUUAAAAUAUGUAGGUUUUUAAGUAAAAUUUAAUACAAUAUGUAGAUAGGAAUCUAAACAUACUUACGCUAGAAUGUACAAACAUUUACUCUUAUUGCAAAAUAAAUUAAAUAAAAGGGAAA